GUAAGUUUUUAUCUUUAUCAUGAGUUAGUACUGAACAGGGUCUAGACACUGGGAAGAAUGGAAGAUUUAGUAAUUGGUAUUGACCUGGGUACGACAAAUAGUUGUGUUUCGGUAUACCUUAAUAAUCAAGCCAAGGUAUUAGAAAAUGAUUCUGGAGACCGUCUUACGCCAUCUUUUGUGUUUUUUUGUGAUUCGGAUACGGUAGUAGUAGGAGAACAUGCUAAGGGACUGGCGGUAAACACACCUAAAAAUGGAAUAUUUGCUCUAAAACGACUGAUCGCUAAAAAAUAUGGCGAAGCGCGCAUCCAACACAAACUAAGUUGUCUUCCUUUCCAAAUGGAAUCCAGUAGUUCCAAUGACCCUGUAAUUGUACUAAAAUCACAAAACAGAAUUUUGAAGAAGACUCCAGAAGAACUAUGUUCCAUUAUCCUUGGAAAACUAAAAAAAAAUGUUGAGGACAAAUUUGGAGAGGAAGUGAAUAAAGUGGUGAUUACAGUUCCUGCAUACUUUAAUGUUACACAAAGGGAAGCCACAUUGGCAGCUGCUAAAAUUGCUGGCUUUUCUGUGUUAAAGUUGCUCAACGAACCAACAGCUGCUGCUUUGAUUUACUACCACGAAAACAAAUGUACCGAAACGAAUUAUUCAUUGGUGUACGAUUUGGGAGGAGGAACAUUUGAUGUUGCAAUUUUAAAGAAAAGUGGGCACAAUAUUGAAACUAUUUCUGUAAAUGGAGACACAAACUUGGGUGGACAAGAUUUUGAUAAUUUGCUUGUGGAUUACGUAUCAGAAAAAUUGAAAAUCCUGUAUAAUUUUAAUCCAAAAAAAAGAGAAGAAGAUUUAUUUAUAUUACGUGAGAAAUGUGUAGCUGCGAAAAAAACUUUAUCAUUUGUGGAGCAGACCACAAUCACUCUCAAUGGUUUCGUCGAAAAUCAUCGAAAAGUUGAUAUACCUUUGAAGCGAGAAGAAUUCGAAACCAUUGCUAAUGAUCUGUUCAAAAGAACAAUACGAAUAGUUGAUAAUUGUGUAAAAGCUUCUGAAAUUUCAAAAGAUGCAAUAGAUGAAGUAAUUCUGUCAGGUGGAUCUACUCGCAUACCAAAAAUUCAGAAUAUGCUUUCCGAUUAUUUUGAAGGAAAAAAACUAAACAAAUUUGUGAAUCCUGACGAAUGUGUAGCGGAAGGAGCAGCUAUUCAGGCGGCCAUGUUAUCUAAAAACUCAAAGCAAAAGAUCACCAAAAUUCGACUGAUUGAUGUGAUUCCAUUAUCAAUUGGGAUUGACAACGCGGUUGACCAAAUGGUUUUUUUGAUAAAAAGAAAUACAUCGAGACCAGCUUUCGGCACAUCCACUUUCAUUACUGGUGAAAAUAAUCAGGCAAGUGCGUUGAUUAGCGUAUAUGAAGGUGAACGUGCAAAUGUAAACAAUAAUCGACUUUUGGGUAAAUUAACUUUAAGCGACUUAACACCAGCUCCUCCAGGUCAAUGCAGAGUAAAUAUAUCCAUGAAGGUUGACGAGAAUGGAAUUUUAACAAUCAGUGCACAAGAAGAAAGGCAACACGGCGAAAAUAGUAUAGAAAUUAAAAUAAAUUAUGACAGGGAUAUCAGAACCGAGGAUGAGAUUAGAAACACAUUGACUGAUGCAGAAGAAUGCAAGAAAGAAGACGAACGCUUUAUAAGAUUUGCCAAAAAAAAAAGUUAUUUGAUCAAUUACUGUCAAAAGUGUUUGUACAAUUUCGAUGCUAAAAAUAUUACCGAGAAAUACAGAAGUAUCUACGAAGCAUGCAAAGAAACUAAGAAAAAGGCGGAAUUACUUAACCUUCAAGAAGAAGACAUCGUCGAAGAGCUAAUAACAAAUAUCAGAUUGCAGUGCGAACAAAUAGUUAAAGAGCAUAAUUUUGAAUUUAUGCCUUACUUUAUGGAUUUGGCGAACUUUUUGGACGCUCUUCUUCGUAAUUUUAUGCUCUAUACUGCGGAAAAAUUUGAAAAUGUCAAUGAUUAAAUCAUAAAUGGGAACUCAUUUAACUGCCUGACACUCUUAACGUUUAAAGUUGAGUCUUCACUAUCCCAUAGUAUAAUAGUUAAUGUGUUUUAUAUGUAAAUAAUAAAGUAAUGUCUAGAGCAA